GGUAUCCCGUGAUGCAUAGCGACUCCGCCUCGCUAGAAGGCACGUUCUGGCCUCGCUAGUCAAGAGCAAGCUUUCAGACCCAGCCAGAGAGCGCUCUCCGUUCCUAUAGCAACUGCGCCAGAUCCAGCUCUGGGAAGGAAGAGAGAUGGAAUUGAAAAGGUUGGGCGUGUCCUGGCGAUUCUUGAUGGUUCUGGUUCUGAUCCUGCAAAGCCUGUCUGCAUUGGAUUUUGACCCAUACAGAGUCCUAGGGGUCAGCCGCACGGCCAGUCAGGCUGACAUUAAAAAGGCAUAUAAGAAGCUCGCUCGGGAAUGGCAUCCUGACAAAAACAAAGACCCUGGAGCCGAGGACAGGUUCAUUCAGAUCAGCAAGGCAUACGAGAUCCUGUCCAAUGAGGAAAAGAGGACAAACUACGACCACUAUGGUGAUGCCGGUGAGAACCAAGGCUACCAGAAGCAGCAGCGCGAACACCGCUUCCGCCAUUUCCACGAGAACUUCUAUUUUGAUGAGUCCUUUUUCCACUUCCCCUUCAAUGCGGAGCGGCGGGACUCGGGUGACGAGAAGUACUUGCUGCACUUCUCACACUACGUGAAUGAAGUGCUUCCCGAGAGCUUCAAAAGACCCUACCUCAUCAAGAUCACGUCAGACUGGUGCUUCAGCUGCAUCCAUAUCGAGCCUGUCUGGAAGGAGGUGGUCCAGGAACUGGAAGGACUGGGUGUGGGGAUUGGUGUCGUCCACGCUGGGUACGAAAGGCGCCUGGCCCAUCACCUGGGAGCACACAGCACCCCCUCCAUCCUUGGGGUCAUCAGUGGGAAGAUCACCUUCUUCCACAACGCAGUGGUCCAUGAAAACCUACGGCAGUUCGUGGAGAGUCUUCUCCCAGGAAACUUGGUAGAGAAGGUCACAAAUAAAAAUUAUGUGCGGUUCCUCUCUGGCUGGCAGCAGGAGAAUAAGCCACACGCCCUCCUGUUCGGCCAGACACCAGCAGUGCCACUGAUGUACAAGUUGACGGCCUUCGCAUACAAGGAUUAUGUGUCGUUUGGAUACGUGUAUGUCGGCUUGAGAGGUGUGGAAGAGAUGACCAGGCAGUACAACGUCAACCUCUAUACCCCCACCAUGCUCAUCUUCAAAGAGCACAUAAACAAGCCCGCUGAUGUGAUCCAGGCUCGGGGACUGAAGAAGCAGGUCAUCGAGGACUUCAUCGCCCAAAACAAGUACCUGCUGGCCUCCCGGCUCACCAGCCAGAGGUUGUUCCAUGAACUCUGCCCUGUGAAGCGGUCUCACCGACAGAGAAAAUACUGCGUGGUUUUACUGACAGCUGAGACUAACAAAGUGAGCAAACCCUUUGAAGCCUUCCUGUCAUUUGCCCUGGCAAACACUCAAGACACGGUACGGUUCGUGCAUGUCUACAGCAACCGACAGCAGGAGUUUGCCAGCACAUUGCUACCGGACAUGGAAGCUUUCCAGGGGAAGUCAGGGGUGUCCAUCUUGGAAAGGAGGAACACAGCGGGGAGGGUGGUGUUCAAAACCCUGGAGGAUCCCUGGACCGGCAGUGAGAGCGAUAAGUUCGUCCUUUUGGGUUAUCUUGACCAGCUGCGGAAGGAUCCAGCAUUUCUGUCUUCAGAAGCUGUGCUCCCUGACCUGACUGACGAGCUGGCUCCUGUAUUUUUCCUCCGGUGGCUCUACUCUGUUUCUGACUACCUCUCGGACUUCUGGGAGAGCCUGCUUCACAGUAACUGGCGGGAGAUGAUGCCCCUGCUGUCCCUCAUCUUCUCGGCCCUCUUCAUCCUCUUCGGCACGGUCAUGGUCCAGGCUUUCAGUGACUCAAAUGAGGAGCGAGAGUCGCACCCUGCAGACAAAGAGGAAGUCCCCGAGAAGGCUGGGAAGACUGAGCCGAGCUUCACCAAAGAGAGCAGCAGCAAGAUUCCUAAGAAAGGCUUUGUGGAGGUGACUGAACUCACAGAUGUGACGUACACCAGCAAUUUGGUACGCCUGAGGCCUGGUCACAUGAAUGUGGUCCUGAUCCUGUCCAAUUCCACUAAGACAAGCCUCCUGCAGAAGUUUGCUUUGGAAGUCUACACAUUCACCGGGAGCAGCAGCCUCCACUUCUCCUUCCUGACACUGGACAAACACCGGGAGUGGCUGGAGUAUUUGCUAGAGUUUGCUCAGGAUGCGGCCCCGAUCCCAAACCAGUAUGACAAGCACUUUAUGGAACGAGACUACACUGGCUACGUGCUGGCCCUGAACGGUCACAAGAAGUAUUUCUGCCUUUUCAAGCCACUAAAGACAGUGGAUGAGGAGACUGUGGCCUCCUGUGACCCUGACUCCUCCCGAGGGAAGCCUUCCUGUGGCCUUGGCCCCAAGCCCCUCAAAGGCAAGCUGAGCAAGUUGUCCUUGUGGAUGGAGCGCCUGCUGGAAGGCUCCUUGCAGAGGUUCUACAUCCCGUCGUGGCCUGAGCUGGACUGAGCGAGGCCUCCAGAGGAUAGCGGGCCCCAGGAACAGGGAUUUUAAGAGAGUCUCCAUUGUAGAUUUCUCUUCUAGAGCCAUGGCUAGAAGACCUUUCCUCUGUCACCUAGGAGUAAAGCACGCAGGUUUGACCACUAGAUGAACAUCUUCCUUCCCCUUCGGGUUUUCUCCCCUGGAUGAAUGCCGCACUACUUCAGUAGACUGCCCAGCCCCUCUUCUCUGCUGUCCCUAUAACGUGCUCACACCCCUGUCCUUACACUGCAGAAACCCAGGGCUUGACCCUGAGCCGUGCCUGGACCAACCUCAGGAUCUUCAUGAGCCUGUCUCAUGGGGUGGGUCACUCACCUCUCCCCCAGCCCCUGCAGCAGGCUCCUGCUGGCCCCUGCUUGGCCUCUGCCAAGGUGUGUGCUCUCAACACGGGAAGCCACCACGGCUUCUAGGUCCUCCGUCUUCAAAAGAGGCCUAGUGUGCAAGCAGUUUUCUAUGUGGUUGUGCUUCUGGGAGCAAGCAGUGAGAAGUAUAUUUUGGGGGUAUCCCCCACAACAGUCGGCCAAGCAUGGUUUUGAGAAGAAAGGGGUGAGCAGGGGGUGAAGGUGCAGCAUUCACAUUUAGUCUCCCGACCGAGAGGGAGGGUGAGCACUGGCUGGAGGCGCAGAGCCCUGUGACCCUGCGUGCACUUCCCUGCCCGUCCCCUUCCCUCACCGCACUCUGUCAGCACCAGCACAGCCAGGGUGUCUGCCUUGCCAGCACUGGAGUGGCUGAGCUGCUGACCUGUCCCCAGAGGCCUUUUUGCUUCUGGGUUUUAGAGUUUGAUACUAGGAGCCAUAUCCUGUGAUCUUGUUCUCUGAACAUAGAUAAGCUGCUAUAGAGCCAGUAGAUUUAAGAUGGCAGCACUUAGUCCUACCCACCAAGAGCUAGGUGCAGGAGCCCUUCCUGCCUCGCUCUCCAGUAAAACGCCAGGUGUGUCUUCAUACCAAGGAACCUGACCUCUCUGACAAUUGCAUUUUGAACAUUGUUGUCCCCAAAGAGCUGAAUCUUCAGGUCGUCUCUUGUGACUGUGAGCGGAGACUUGUCCGGACUCCUGUCAGUAGGCAGCUAGCUAGCAUCCUCCUUCUGGCGUCCCUGCUUCACUGUUUCCUCCUUCCCUUAUUGCUGCUUCCCGCUGCCAGAUCACACCCAUCAGCUCCAGUUCGCCUGGCUCCACGCACCUUGAGCUCAGGGCCGGAUCAUGCUCGCCCGCUCAAGGGCAUACCCUUGUUUUUAGAGCCAACCCAUGAGGGGAGUUUGGACAACUGUCACACAUGAUGUGUUCUACUGUCAAGCAAGUGCCCUUUUGUAAAGGGAAGGGCACAAAUCAGGGACCGGACAUUCACUCAGUGAGUAUUCUCCAGUUGUAAUUGCUUUGAACCAAGCACCUCGGAUCCUGACUACUUUAAACACUGAGCUCCAGUGGUAAGUGAGAAAUUAUUUGAACCCAGGAACUCUGUAGUUUUCAAAGAGUCUUUAGCUUUAUUAAAAAGUAAAGAAAACACUGCCAGGCUUCAUUCUUCCAUCUGCCCCUCUAGCAGUACAUGCCGAUUCUCCAUGGUUCUCGUGUGCCUGGCCCAGCUAGAAAGGGUGAAGGCAGUCUUGGCUCCUGGAGGCUGAGGAUAAGCUGGGGUAGAACACUUGCCAGGCAAGUGCAAAGCCUGGGGUCCACCCCCAGUGUCUCACACACAGAUGGGUUUUUUUCAUUCUUCCUCUAUUUUUAUGGCUGGGUUCCUCUUAUGAGUUUGUUUUAACUCAUUGAUAGAUUUUUGUCUUUACGUUUCUGGAACCGGUCAAAUCCCUUGACAUGUAAUUUCUGAAAACCAAAAACUCCCCAGAUGUUUGUUCUCUUCUCAAAACUGUACCAAGAAGAUAAAAUGUCUUUCCAUUCAAGGGGGUAGAGAGGAGUGGGGACGGGAUUGGCAUAAUCCCUGCAGACCCGAUGGAGACGGGUAUCUACCAAGGACAUCAUGCAACUUUGAUUUGCUUGCUUGCUUGCUUGCUUGCUUUAAAACAAGAGUCUGACUAUGUAGCCCAGGCUGGCCUCCAACUCAAGGCCCUCCUGCCUCAGCCUCCCAAGUACCGGGAUUCCAGGCGCGCACCACAAGUCUACCUUUGACAGAUACAAGCCUUUCUUCCUGAAUGUUGUUUCUAUGAAUUGUUUAUUUUUGUGUCAAAUAUGAGCUAUAUUUAUGCUCAGCCAAAUGCCAAGGUUUCUCAUCCUAAUGAAUGUAGUCUCACAGGACCCAAUUUCGGCUCAGAUACUGCUGUGUGAGGAGUGGGUAUCUGCUCAAGGCAGCCUGUGAGUCAUGUUCAGUAGCUGGGGGAAAGUCCAGUCAGUCUGUGGGGUGCCCUCUCCCUGCUGCUGGGAUCACCUGCGGUUGGCCUAACCCAAGUUAAUAAGCUGCCUGAGACAUUGGAGGAGGCCACUCUCCCUGUCACUUGCCAACACCCAAAACAGUUUGCUUGGCGUUUUCAGAAGGGUCAGUCUCCUCAUUUGCAGCCACCAUUGAUGUGUUUGCUGAAAAAAUAGAUCUGAGCCGUCUGCUUUGCUUCAGCUAGGGACUAGAAGAUAUACCCAGCCUCUCCGGUUUGGUUUGGGUUGGUUUGGUUUUUCAAAGUAGAAGACCAUCUGGGGCUCAAGCUCAGCGGUAAAGCACUUGCCUAGGGAGUAUGUGAUCCUCUUGAUUUGAUCCCCAGUGAUGGGGCGGGGGGCGGGGGGGGGGGCGGAAUUAGGUACAAUCCCUUAAAUGUUGAUGCAGAGAUGUGGUGGCACAUGCCUGUAAUCCCAGCAGUCGGGAAGCAGAGGCAGGAAAAUCCGGACUUGGGGGUCAUCCUUAGCAUGAGCAGGUGAGACCAGCUUGGGCUAUAAGACAAAUGAUCCCAGACUGGGGCGGGGCGUGAGAGUGCUUGUGUAGUGCUUGGGGAGGCUCCGUGGUCUUCAGUCCUAGCACCGUAACUAAGUAAACAGGUAAAUCGUUGUUAAGAAGAGGAUGCGGAUGAAAUGUCAGCUGUGUCCACGUGUCCACGUGCCCUUGAAAACAACGGCGGGACAGAAUCUGCUGCCAUUGUUAGAAAGGAUAGCUGUACCUGGAGGCAGAUCUGAGAGGAAGGUGGCUAUUUUGCACUUUUGAUACUACUAAGAACAAAUAAUUUAUUUGACAAAUUGUGUCUUUUAUGUUUUAUGUUUUUCCUUUUCAGUUUUGUUUGGUUUGGUUUUGUAUUGUGAACAGGCACUAAAGCUAAUGUUAUUUUGUUUUAAGAAUAUUACGGACUGGAAACAAAUAAACUAUUUUAAUGUGUGA